AUGGCCUCUGAACCCAUCCCAGUCAUCACCGCCCUCAACCAGCUCCAAGGCAGCCUUGAUGCUCUUGUUGCCGGGCCGCGAUGGGCUCAUCUCUGUGAUGAAUUUGAGAAAAGGUUUGGACAUAAGCCUACCCACGUCGUGCGAGCACCCGGCCGCGUAAACCUCAUUGGCGAACACAUUGACUAUGCACUUUUUGGCGUAUUUCCUGCCGCUGUCGAGCGUGAUAUCCUUAUUGCUGUGGCCCUCGCGAGGAUGCCACAACCAAUUCAACCAUACAUGCACAGAAUAUUGACGGACGCUACAAUGACGAAGCAUUCAAACCCGAGCGAGUUCCGUUCACUUCGCUGGGAGAGCUAUGUCAAAGCCGGAUACUAUGGUGUUCUCAACAAAUUUUUCACUACCCCUAAUGAUGGAAACCCUCUUGGUUUCGACAUGCUCGUUACGGGAACUGUCCCCGCAGGCUCUGGUCUCUCUAGCAGCGCUGCCAUGGUUGUUGCCUCCACGCUUUCCUUCCUCACAAUCAAUAAGCGUUUAUCCGGACUGACCAAGGGCGAACUUGUCGAAAUGUGCGUCUUGAACGAGCAGCGCGUAGGCGUGAACUCUGGAGGAAUGGACCAAGCCGCGAGUGUGAUUGGCCAACCCCAGACUCCGUUGUACAUCUCAUUCUUCCCCAAGCUUAGCGCCCAGCCCGUGACCCUCCCCUGGAAAGAGGAUGAGGCGGUCUUUGUAAUUGCGAAUUCACUAAAGGUGUCUGACAAGGCUGUAAGUGCAAAGACACAAUACAACCUGAGAGUUGUAGAGACACUUGUUGGUGCUCUAUUACUCGCCAAGGGACUUGGUGUUCAUGUGGCCGACGGAGAGAAGAUUCGGCUUCGGGAGGUCGUAGAAAGAUGGAAGCCUGCUCCUGCUGAUUCCCCGGAUGCAAGCUUGAAAUCAAGUCUUCAGUCUCUCCUCCCUGAGAUUGAACGGAUCCUCAAUUCUACAGGCAAAGGCCCGGAAGGUCUCACCCUCUCGGAAAUGAUUGCUGCUUCAGGCCUGUCCGAAUCGGAUUUCCAUUCAACAUAUCUCAGCUGGGUCGAAGUCGAGGCGGAUCGCUUCCACCUGUAUAAGCGCAUAAAGCACGUCACUGAGGAGGCAUUGCGUGUGCUCGAGUUUAGGGACAGCUGUCUCUCUCCACCUGCGGAUGCCAUUACUACCCUAGGACGCUUGAUGAACUCAUCACAGACAUCUUGCGCAGAGCAGUUUGAGUGUUCGUGCUCUGAGCUCGAUGAUCUCGUCCGCGUAGCUCGCGAAUCGGGAGCCAUUGGUAGUCGUUUAACAGGAGCCGGUUGGGGAGGAUGUACUGUAAGCCUGGUAAAGGCAGGCGAGGUGGAGUCGUUUAUGAAGAAAGUAAAAGAAGGAUAUGCUCCGUAUCGGGACUUGGAUGACGAGAAGCUCAAGGAAGCUAUGUUUGCCACCAAGCCUGGCGCGGGUGCUUGUGUAUUCGAGCUUUAA